AUGAAGACGGCAACCGUUCCUGUGCUCAAAGUGGCUGGCACUUGUACUAAUGUUGUUCACGAAUUAGGCGACACGGCCGGCAGAGUUUGCAAAGGAGAAGAAUUUGCUCCGAGCGCCAUUGUCGAUGGCGUCGGCAAGGCGGCUAACUGCGUCAUCAACGGUGCGUCCGAGGCGUUCGCUGGAGCUGUGAACGGGGUGGCUGACCUAGGGGUCAAUUUGAUCGGAAUCGCAACAGGAGGAUGCGCUACAAAGGGUGGUGCCAGAUCCAAUGGUCAAAGUUUGAGACGUGAAAUGUCCAUAGGCACGAUUAGUCCUGCUGAGGCCACUGUGAAGGGAAUUGGCAAAGGAGUCGGAUGCGUGGUCUACGGAGCCGCCAACGUUACCACAAAUGCCGUCGGAGGAGUGGCAAAGACUGCAACCACCCUGGUCAGCGGCGUGAGCACCACGUUCUCCGACACCGCCAAUUUGGUUGCAAAAGUGCACCACGACUGUGGAAAUCCAGUCCUCUCGGCCAUUGCAGCUCCAGGGGCUGCGGUUGUAGGAGUCUCAGUCGGUGUUGUCAAAACUGCUGGCAAUGUUGCAGUUGAGGUUGGAAACACCAUUGUAAGCAUCUUCAAAGGGUUUGCUAGCAUUUUCUAG